AUGUCAGCCAUUCAGCGUUUGGGUGAAGACGAAAGGAGGUUCUGGACAGACGUACGCUUUCAGGGAGUGUUUACUUCACCUCCACUUCUGUUCCUCCCCGCCCUGGUGCUGCUCCGGGUCACAUUCUCGUCCUGGGCCAGCUUCAGCCUCUCUGCACAGAAGUCUCCCGGAGCCAUGGCUGAGUACUCUUAUGUGAAGUCUACCAAGCUUGUGCUCAAGGGAACCAAGGCGAAGAGUAAGAAGAAAAAGAGCAAAGAUAAGAAGAGAAAAAGAGAAGAAGAUGAAGAAACCCAGCUUGAUAUGUUGGGGAAAAAGGCUUUGUUGGCCUCAAAUAGCUGCUUUAUUAGAUGCAAUGAAGCAGGGGACAUAGAAGCAAAAAGUAAAACAGCAGGAGAAGAAGAAAUGAUCAAGAUUAGAUCCUGUGCUGAAAGAGAAACCAAGAAAAACAAUGACAUUCCAGAAGAAGACAAAGGAAAUGUAAAACAAUAUGAAAUCAAUUAUUUGUAUGUAUGCUUUUCCUUUUAGACCUACAGAUUUGAUGUUGAAGUGGUUAUCAAAGUGCUUUCAAAAUAAAUUACCUAAUUAGCUGCGGAUGGUGGUGCAUGUCUGUAGGCUCAGCUACCCGGGAGGCUGAGACAGGAGGAUUGUUUGAGCCCAGGAGUUCAAGGCUGCAGUGAGCUCUGAUCACCACUGCAUUCCAGCUUGUGUGACAGAGCAAGACCCUGUCUGAAAAAGUGAAAACUGAUGGACAAGAAGAGGCAACACAAUUUAGCUCUAGGACAGAGCACUGAGCUAAAUGCUUUUCUUUUCUUGAGGGUUCAGUUUUCCUAAUCAUCCUACCAGCUCCCAAAGCUAGUCACUCGGGUUAGUCAAUCUCUCUAUUCAUUCAUAGAAUGGGCGUGAUGCCAGUCAAAGUCUGUGCUAUGGCCAGGACACAGAGGACUCCAGCCAGCAUGCGCUAAUAGAAGUGGGGCCUUCUGCUACCCAAUCAAUGAGUGGCCCUCCUCUUGAGAGGUCAUGAAGGUCAUCUUUGUUGUUCAAAAGCUUCAGCUUAUUAAAAAAAAUACAAUUAGAUAUGUUUUUCUCCCACAAGAGGGAGUCUCGCUCUGUUCCGAAGACUGGAGUGCAGUGCCACUAUCUCGGCUCAUCGCAACCUCCGCCUCCCAGGUUCAUGUGAUUCUCCUGCCUCAGCCUCCCGAGUAGCUGGGACUACAGGCACACGCCACUA